AUGUCAAGGACCCUCAGUACCGAGCAGGGUCGGGACAAAAUGCAUGUUCUCCGCGGGACCAGUGCAGAGAUGCACAGCAAGUUGGCGGAUUGUAGCUUAGAUUUCGUGUACAUCGACGGGGAUCACACUCUCAAAGGGUGCCUGAUGGACUUGAUGUUUUGGUACGACAAGGUAGCAGAUGGCGGCUUGAUUUGCGGAGAUGACUUUGAAGACCGCGGGGACAAAGCGUACGCAGCUACCCAUGUGAAGUCCGUGGUGCUCGCAAUGGCAAACCUGAUCGGUGCGAAGGUUCGAGACGUGGGGGCCCGCCAGUUUGGCUUCAUCAAGCCUGCUGGGCCGACGCCAGAACAACUCGCAGCGAAAGUGCUGAACACACUCCGUUCGAGCAAAAAGAUCCCUGAUCUGACCGAUGCGGAUAUUGAUGCCGCCGAAUCCGCAAUGAGAGAGCUCAAGCUCAUUUACUGA